UAAUUCAGAGCUAAAACCGCAUCAUGAGUAUCGAAAUCAAGAUGAAGUGUGUCUUACCAUUAUUGCUCGUCGCGGCAUUUUAUCUCGCAAAUGCCAAGCCAGUCCAAGAGAGACUUGAACUAGUUGAAGAUGACAUGCUCUUGACCAAACAUCAAAAGGAGAUUCAUAACCAGCUUAGUGGAGGACGUGUACGGCGUGCUGCUCUCAAGGACCGAUAUCUCUGGCCUAAAGGAGAGGUUUAUUACACCCUCAAGAAUAAUUUAGAUGCUGCUGGUAAAAAGCUAGCUAGAGACGCUAUGCAGCACUGGAUGGACAAAACCUGUUUAAAAUUUAAACCAAGAACAAAUCARAAGGCUUAUGUUGAGUUCCAGUAUGAAGUUGGCUGCCGAGCACAAGUUGGAUACGGUAAUACCGCUGCUCGACUUAUCUCCGUUGGAAGUAGCAGUAAAGAUCGCUGCAAAUUGGGCUCCACAAUCCACGAAAUCGGUCACGCAAUUGGUUUCAUGCACGAGCAUGUCCGUCCAGACCGUGACCAGUACGUUACCAUCAACAAGAAUAACAUGAGAGCAGGAAAAAACGUCGCAAGAAAUUUUGAUAAAGCAUCCACUAGCUACAUCGACUCUCGAGGCAAAGACUACGACUAUGCUAGCAUCAUGCACUACUCUCGUUACCAAGGCAACAAUAAAGCAGGAGCAGUUGUAUUGCAACCAAAGAAAAAAAAUGUUGAGAUUGGUCAGAGGRAUGGGUUGAGCGCUGGUGACAUCGWGCAGACGAAAAUCAUGUACAAAUGCAAUGCCAACGACGAAAGUGAACUUGACUAUGUUCCAUCYGACGAGGAUGAGAAGGAAGAAAGCGGYGAUACAUCAGGACCAAAACCUGGAGAAGUCGAGGAAUAAAUUCACCCAGAAUAAAGGAAAUGCAAUCCUAAGCAACAAUGAUGGUAUACGUUUUGAAUAAAUAUGAAGAUGUGAUGACCAUUAAAAAUUAAAAAAUAAAAAUAUUUAAAUGAAA